UUAAAUCAAAAUAGUGAAAUCGGGUAAAAUUGAUAAUUAGUCAUGUAAAUAAAUAGAAAAAUAAUCUAAAUAAAAAGAAAUUGAAAGUGUAAAUUCGCAUAUGAAAUUCAUUGACGCGAAAAAGUGAGAAAUGACGAAUUAUUGUAAAUUUUUUCUAAAAAAUAGAUUGAAAAUAGUGUCAUUUUGAAAAAAGUAAAUAAGAAGAGAAGCAAAAUAGACAAGAUUCACAUCUUCAGGAACAAAUAUAUUUUAUUUAAAAGAAAAAAAAGGAGAGAGUGAGUGAAAAGAGGAUGUUUACUUGCUUGAGCAACAAUUAUCUCUGCAUUGUUCGAAUUUCAAUCUUGAGCCAAUAGAACUCUUUGAAAAUAGGUUAUUAUUGAAUAAUCUCAGAUUUAUUUACACAUCCGGUGUGUGGGAGGAAAAAAUUCCACUAAAACCCCCGAAUUUUUGAAAUUCAAUGAAGAGACGAAAGAACAAAAAAAGAACACUGUCGCAAAAAUGAGUUACAAUUUACGUACAAAAACCAAAACCGGCUCACCGAAAGUCGCACAAUUUCACAAUUAUGCCACGUCAAGUUCAUCGUCACAAGCGGAAAAAUCAUCAUUCACCCCCGUGACAAAUAUCAAUGAUCUGAAAAAAAUUACCCCUCGGGUUAAAGUUCUAAAUCAAGAAACACCCACUUUACAAUCUUUACGAAAAUCGAGUCUUGAAUCCCCGAAUUUUCCAUCGCCGAAGAAAUUGAGUAGUCAAGAAUCUUCAAAUUCCUUUCAAUCCUCCUCGAGAAAAUCAAGUCAAGAAUCCCAAUCGUCGAGAAAAUCAACAAAUUUAUCGCUGACGAGGAAAGAGACAAAAUCAAAUCAGAAGACAAUAAUUUUAUCAUCGCCGGAGAAAAAUGACGACGAGACGGAAAUAAUUGACGAGGAGACAAAGAAUAAAAUGCGUAAAUAUUGUCGAACUUGCGCUGAACAGAAAUUUCCCCUCGUCGACAUUUUCAGCGACAAGGGAAUACAAAUGCGUUUGAAUUUACAGAUAAAACAUUUGCAGCAAAUUGCCGAGAGCGAUUCACUCACGACGCAAAUGUGUAUGGACUGUAUUUGCGAUUUGAAGAUGAGUUUCACGUUUUUCGUUCAAAUUAAAAAGGCGGAAAUGAAGCUACGGGCGAUUAGGGCGAAAUUCGUCGAGGACUAUCAGGAGAAUUUUCUUCCUUCGAUUGAUAAAUUUUCAUUUGGCAGCGAAAAAGGGGGAAAAGAAACUAAAGGAAACGAAAAAGAAACUAAAGGAAACGAAAAAUGUUUCGAUUCGGAGACGAAAAUUCAGUCUUUGAUUCAACACGACGCGACAAAUUUGAAGAAUAAUGGACCGAGAAUUUCGGCUGUUUUCUCGACGAACGCCACUGAGUGGGAGAGGAAAAAGGGAGAUCGAGUGGUAAAUUCACCCGGAGUGACGAAAAUUGGUUCGAUGAUUUCGAGCAGCGGUUCUUUGCUCCCAAAGGACGGGAAGAUCGAACGUGAAGUGAAGGACGAGGAGAAGGUGAAGAUCGAACCGAAAGGGAAUCAAGACGAGAGUGAUAAUGAAUCGAUCGAGGAGUUCGAUCCCGAGGAUCCUGGUUUUAAUCCCACGGACGAGGAAGACGAAGAAGAAGUCGAGGAGUCGAAUGUUCUCAAUCCCUUCAAACGAACUAUCGAGAAAAUCGAAACCGGAGCUUCGAACAAAAAUUCACCUCGAGAAAGUUGUUCGAAGCAAAAUUCGUCGAAACUCUCUUUGAACCAAAUUUCAUCGAAGGAAACUUAUUCGAAGGAUUUUCCAAACGUAUCGAAGGAUUUUGCGAACGUAUCGAAGGAAAGUUCUUCGAAGGAUUUUUCGAACGUAUCGAAGGAUAGUUCUUCGAAGGAUCUUUCAAUUUUGUCAAAGGAAAGUUAUUCGAAGGAUUUUUCGAAUUUGGCAAAAGAAAGUUGUUCAAAGGAUUUUUCAAGUUUGUCGAAGGAUUUUUCGAAUUUGUCGAAGAGAGAAGAAGUGGAGGAAACAACCUCGAGAGGAGAGGAAGAGAAGAAACUACUGGAGUCCGAGGAGCAGGGGUUGAAGAGAAAAUUCUCGGAGACGAGAUCGAAGGGCUUCGAUCCGAAGAUUCGGAAAUUUAAUGUGAACGACGCGUUGAGUAUAAAGCAGGAGGAGAAUGGGGUGAUGUAUGUGACGGUGAGGGGGGAGAAGCCGAACGAAUUGCUGCUGGUGAAGGUGAAGAAGAUGGAGAAGGCGGAGAAGAGUCGACCGGGACGGAAGGAGAGCGACAAUUUGUUCGUCGACCGAAGUCUCGAGCAAAAGGGGCAGAUAAUCGAACACCAAAUCGAGCAGUACAAGCGAAGACGGGAGAAAGUUCUUGGUCCGAUUGCCACGACGGAAAUCAUCAUCCCCGAGUGUCGAAUCAAGACCGAGCAGGAAUCGCUGCCGAAUCAAUUUUUGAACCAGUUUUUGAAUCAAUCAGAUCAGUCUUCGAACCAGUUUUCGAAUCAAUCUUCGAACCAAACGAAUAAGUCGUUGAACCUUUCUUCGAACCUUUCUUUGAACAUUUCUUCGAAUCAGUCUUCGAACCUUUCUUUAAUUUCUUCGAAUCAAUCAUCUAACCUUUCUUCGAACCUUCCUUUGAACAUUUCCUCGACCCUUUCUUCGAACAUUUCUUCAAACCAACUUUCGACCCUUUCCUCCCCCCAAACACUCUCCGAAAAUUUUCCCCUCAAUAAUCCGACCCUAAAACUAAAAGACAUUUCGGAAAUAAAAAAAGAGAAGCCGCAGAGGUGUAAGGACAGAAAAAUGCCGGUGGACGUGAAGGUGUACACAAACGCGGAGGACUAUAACAAUAGAAUUGAGACGGUGAAGAGUAAAUUGGAGGACAAGCAGAGGAAGGACUGGGAGGAGGUGAAUCCGGAACAGGAGAGCACACUGGAGAGAUUGAGGAGGAUCUUGGAGGGCAAGGACGACGAGUGUCUCGGGGAAUUUAUGGAGAAUUUGCAGCAGAGGAAAAUGAUAAUAAUGAAAAUGAGCGACGAGGAUCUGGUGAAUUUGUAUCAGGAGAGAAUGGCGGGAAAAAUUUACACCAACACCAAUGAGGAGAGCGAUCCAUUGGAAUUGAAUUUGGAUUGUUUCGAUUUGAAGUCAAGUGAAUCGUUCGAUUGUGACUUUUGUUUCAGCGAAUUCCCCACAAAGGACGUUUGCGACGAGCACAUGAAAUUUCACGAUUCAAAAAUUCAAUAUCUCUGCGAGGAUUGCAACGAGGAAUUCACAAUUUUGCGCUAUAAAAAAAAUCACAAUGUCAUAUGCAUUAGAAAAUUGAUUUGUAAAUAUUGUGAUUUAAUGUUGGACUCAAAGGGUAAAAAGAAGCAGCACGAGCAAAAGCAUUGCGACAGUUUAUUUGGACAAUUGUGCGAAUAUUGUGGUGAGAAAUUCAAGCAUCAGGGCACACUCGAUCAGCACGUGAAAUCAAAGCAUAUGACGUUGGAGAAAAUAUUUCAAUGUCCCAAGUGUCCGAAGAAAUUUACAUUCAAGACAAAAUUGAGUUUUCACUUGAAGAGCGUGCACACGGCAAUGAGGGCGUAUUUGUGCGAGGAUUGCGGUGCGGAUUUCAAGAAUCCCGCCAGUUUGCGGCAUCAUCGUAUUAGAAAACAUUUGCCCACUGGCAAUAAGCGGGAAUGUCCUGUUUGCAGGAAAAUGAUUCCGUUUUAUAGUCUCAGUAAACAUAUGCACACGCAUAAGGCGUACACGAUUAAAUGUCCGCAUUGCGAUAAGAUGUUUAAGAAUUCUUCGACUCUUAAGCAACAUGUUCGUAUUCAUGAGGAUCAGAGGCAAUUUAGAUGCGACACAUGCGGCGUGGGUUUCAAUCGAAGAGACGGCCUCCGCCUUCACAUGAAGGUCCACGAGAAAGCCGACAGUCGAGGACUAAAGGAAUGCUCGUGUCAAGUGUGCGGCGAAAAAUUCCCCAAUCAUUCAAUGCUCGUCAUUCAUCGCAAUCGAAUUCACAAAGACGGAAGAAAUUUCACCUGCCACAUUUGCAAUCGUUCCAUGAUAUCGACAAGAUCAUUGGAAUGGCACUUGGCGCACAUUCACAAUGAGCCACUGCCGGGAAUCGUCAAGGCCGAAAUGAUCACUGGCAGCGACUCGAAACGCGUCGCCUGCUUCCAUUGUCACAAGACAUUCAAAACUGAAAUGAUACUUCGUACACAUAUCAAGAAUUCUCAUAUGGAAAAGGAGCCGGUCAAGUGUCUCGACUGCGACGACACUUUUGUCAGCGAAGUGAGACUCAGACAUCACAUGAUGGUGGCGCAUAAUCGUCUGGAGGGCACACUCGCGUGUCCACAUUGUCCAAAGAGAUUCGUCAAUCAGUUGCGGCUCAAGACGCAUAUGAUUGCGCAUUCGGAGGAGCGACCAUUUAGAUGUGAUAUUUGUGGAUUUAAUCUCAAGACGAAGAUUCAGCUGAUUAAGCAUCAUCAGAAUAGGCACAGUGACGAGAGGCCUUUGCAGUGUCGGUACUGUCCCUGGAGGUGUAAACAGGUGAGCGCCCUGGUUUGUCACGAGAGAACGCACACGAACGAGCGUCCAUAUUCGUGUAGCGUUUGCAGACAGCGUUUCAAGUACCUCGGCGAUAAGAAUAAGCACGAGAGACGACACGAGAGUCUCGGCGGUUCUGGAUUCAAGCGAAUUGUCACUAAUCGUGGACCGAAGAAAGUGAAGACGAGAAAGGAGGAUGACGACACGUCGAAUUCCGAUCAGGAGCAGGAAAUGCUCGAGGAACAAAUGGAGGAACAAAUGGAGGAGCCAAUGGACGAGCAAAUGGAAGACGACGAAAUGGAGACAAUGGAAAUGGAGGCGAGAUUAGUCGAUGCCGCCUAUGAGGCCGAGGAACAUGUGAAAAUUGAGGCGAAUAUUAUUGGUACCGAGGACGAGCACGGCGACUAUCCACAGGACUAUGAAGAAAGUUCAAAGGACGCAACCGAAGUGAUAAUGAACAUGGAGGACACUGCCGUUUAUACCGAGGAAGUGACAGCGGAAAAUAUCGAGAGUAUCGAGACAACGCAAAUAAUCGAUGACGAAUUAAUGGCAAAUCAACUUCUCCAAUCGGGCACCGUCGUUCACAUCGAGCAACAGGACGAGGAGGGCAAAAUACAAAUGAUCCCCGUCGUCCUCUCGCUUCCCGAUCUCACCGAGGAGAAUGCCGAAGUUAAUCUCGCGACAACUUCAAUAAUGUACAAUAACGAAGUCGAAGAAGAAGAAGAAGAAGAAGAGUAAUCAUUUUUAAUUCCCCUUUUGUAUAUUAUUCACCACACAUUUCUAUAUCUAUAUUAUAUAUAAAAAAAGAAAUUAUUCUCUCAUCUAAAUACAAAUCGAUUGCAAUUUUUCUUUUUUUUUUCUUCGAUUUCUCUUUUUUCGAAAAAGAAAAUUCCAAACGACAAUUUUCGGUUUUUUUCUACGAAAUGAAGAAAAAAA